AUGGGCACAACAAACUUAACACUUGAUUCCGAAUCAAUAUGUGAUCCGAAUUAUGAUAUUCUAUUCGAAAAUGCAAUAUAUUUUGUGACUGCUUGUUAUUUAUCUGUUGGAUUAUUUUGUCACAUUAGUUUGCUCAAGAUUAUUUUGAUUUCGGAUAGGAAAUAUUUCAAGGAUAACUCGUUUUUUGUGUUGUUCAGGGCGGAUUUGUUUGCGAGUACCACUCUCCUUCUCUACGAUAUAUUCUUUGGGAGAAUCUUCAUGUACAUCCCGCAACUUUGCCCCUUUGUGAGCACAUUUUUCAGCACCCCAACCAUAUUUUUAAAAGUCUUAUAUGUUGCUCAAAACCAUGCGAGAUUCGUAAAAUCCUUAUCCCAAAUUUUCAUGGUCUUGAACAGAAUGUCAUGUGUCCUGAUGCCAGCGACAUAUAACCAGUUUUGGAACAAAAUCACACCAAUUGCUAGUUUUAUUAUGCUAAUUCUCCCGUUUGCCGGUCUCUGGAACAUUAUGAUAUCUCAAGUUAUUGCAUCAAGUGUACGCGGUGGAUUUGGGGUGGAUUAUAUAAAAGCAGUGAAAUGGGCUUCACUGUCACUGUUCCAGUCCAUCUGCAUCCUGACUGCUUUGGGCUUCACAAUAGUUUGCACCUCUGUAACAUUUUACAAACUAGCAUGUCUAUCAGAUCGUGUACGAUCAAUUGAAAGAUCGCUUUGUUUUACGAGCAUCUCGAUUUCCUGCACAUUUUUACUGGUCGCCGGUACUCAGCUGACUUUUGCUACAUGCGCUAGCUGCAAAACUGAUGCUAUGUAUAUUCUACAAUUUCUUGCAUUUGACACUUUCAAUGUUGGAUCAGCAAUAAUCAUGUUUCUCACAAACAGACAUCUACGAAGUUCGAUGUUUUCUUCGCAGAAAAAACGAGCGGUUACUGUGGUGACAGUUGGACAGAUAUCAACCAAUACUUAUAAUUAA